AUGAUUACGAAGAAAAAAAGUGAGGAGAGAUCGAUUUGGUCCUUAAACAGCGAAUCUCUGCAACAACCUCGUAAGCGGAUAUUGUUAAAAGUCGGUGGCAGGUUAUUUGAAACAUGGGCGGAUAAUCUCGAAAACCAUCCUGAGACUCUUCUAGGAAGUCCAGAGAAAGAGUUGUUCUAUGACUCUGUUAGCAAGACGUACGUGUUCGACAGAGAUCCCCAGAUGUUCCGACAAAUUCUUAACUACUACAGGUACUGCGUGUGUAAAUAUUUUGUAAAAGAUAUGUAUAGCUUCGAGCAUCGAAUCAAAAAUACUUUUGUUUUAGUAUAAUUCAGUUCAUUUUUACCACCGAAUAGUUUACUGUGUUUGCUUAUUUCUUUGAAAAAUCCCGUACAUCAUCUAGAAAAACUCAACGCGUUAAACGUAUCCAUAUUUUAAUUUUGCCCCGGACGGGCGUGCUGCGAGUUUUAAAUUUGCAAUGAACUUUGGCAACAGUGACAACUGUUACAUCUUAACAGCUUAUAGUACAUCCGUUUCAAAAACCGUUAAUAACCACAAACCGAGAAGGCUCGCUAGGCAAACAGUUCAUUGCGGUUUUUUCAUUUGUCUUUCUAAUCGGCUUGCACGAUUUUAUUAACCGCAACAUCGGAUUUCCGCCAGGUACUUAAACCGUAUGGUAUUUUAACAAACUUACCGUGUUCACUGUGGUAUAUCGUAUAUUUAAGCCGGAAGAUUCGACAGAAAUUAACUAAAUUCAUUGCCUCGGCCAUCCAAAGGUCCUACUUGGAAACUAAGACAUCACUUAGAGUACUUAGUCAGGUUCAAUAUUAACCUACAUUUUUACUGAUAGCAUACAUACACAACAAGAGAGUGAUCCAGAUUCGUGGCAAUUUCUUCGUCUAAAAACUCCACUUCCCUAAAAUACGUCUAUUAUGUAUUACGAUAUCCGUGGCAUUGACAUAAGCCAUUAGCAGUUUUAGUUUGGCUCACAGUUUUAAAGUCUCAUUGUUUGUUAAGACACCUGUCUGAACGAAACCUCUGGUUAUUUUAUUUUAGAGCCAUCAACGCAUAACUUUUACGCAUCCUUUGUAACUCCCGUUCAGAAAACAAUACAGCCAAGACAAAAUUGUUUUUGUUUGCUUUUUUAAGAAUUUAUUAUCUGGUAGCUAUUCAACAAAAUACCCACGCAGUUCCCCUUAGAAAAUUCCCACGACACUGCAACAAAAACAUUGGAAUUAAGGAUUAUUUCUCGGAAACUCACUUUCAUAAAACAAAAACGUCUAUUUUUCCUCUUAUUGGAACCUUAAAUCGCUGAGACAUCGAUGCGACUUCAAAUUUUGGCUCAAGUUAGAACGGCGAAUUCAUCCCUGCAUCUGUCUAUUUAUGUUUCAAAUGCUCGCUAACCACUAAUAAAUCCUAUAUAAACGUCAAGAAAUCAGUUCAAAAUAUCUCGCUCAUGUAACAAUAAUUCGCGUGCUACGGUAACUUCGAUUAUCUCUUCAAAUUCAAAAAAAAAAUUAAAGCUAGAGUUAGUCGGUAUAUCAUUUUCAGGAUAAUGAAUAUGAUUAUAAUAUGAAGAAAAAAUAUGACUUUGACGGGCAGUCUAACCUAUUUUGCAUCAAAGUCUGACAGACCGGGAAAGGAUUAUUACCGCAUUAAGUUGAAUUCGGUUUAACGCAUAUAUUUUCAGCAACCCACGAAUAGUCAUCUGAGUUAAUUUAGUAUAAAUAACUAAUAUAUUUUGACUACAGCUUUUCAUAUUCAGGUUGAGGACAACGGCAAUGUUUCCCUUUUGAAACUUUCAAAGGGUACCCAUCAAGAAAGUUCUCAUGUUACUAAGAAAAUGCCUUUUUAAGUGUAAGAAGCAACUUUAAGUAAAAGCAGGCAGAUCUUUAAUAUUAGAUCCUCACAUGUAUAUUUCAGCGAAAGGCUGAUGGACUAAAGAAAGAAAAACCCUCAUCUGUAACCCCUUAAACAGACUUAUAAGGCAAUCCAGUACCGGCAUUGUUUAAGUCAUUAUGCCUUUGAAACUGUAGACUACUUGAAGUCUUCUCACAGACGGUAUAAGCACAGCGAGAGCACGAAAUUGAGGCUCGGAAUAUUGGUUCCAUUUCACGCUGUGCUAUUUCUGAAAAAAGUGAUACAUGUUAUAAUAAAGUGCAGAUAUAAACGCACACUCUGAUUGGUUAAAGAAGCGUGAUUUAUGAAAGUAUAAAACACGGAGCUAAAGCUUCCACUAUGUUGGUUUGAAAAUUAGAAAGUAUUGGGUGGGGGAUUUAAUAGUUAUGUUGUAGUUAAUUUUUUAUCUCAGGUAAUUUUUAAUUUCCAUUGUCUUGGGGUAUGGUGAACUGCUAAUGAACUUGAAACAAAGGAAAAACAAAAAUUACCUGAAAUAAAGAAACUAAAUGCAACAGAUACUUAAGAAGCGGCUAAGAGCACUCAAGAAGUAGGGAGUGUUCUCGGUUUUCGUGCUCUAAAGGCUUCCUGCGUGCUUUACAAC